AUGGACGUGCGCACGGCGACGGCCGUGGCCAUGACGCCGGCGCUCGUGCAGCGCCUGUCGUCCUGGGCGCCCGACGACGAGCUGCUGGAGACCGUGGACGGGUUGCCCGCGGGCCUGAGCCGCGACGAGGCCGCGGCGCUUUUGCCGCUCGCGGAGGCGACGGUGAGCGACGGCGUGCCCCUCGCCGACGGGCCCCCGAGGAUCUUGCAGGACGCGAGAGGAAGACGGGACGCCGAGGACUACCCGGCCUACAUGCUGCCGCCGGUUUCGCCGGAGUCGCGGCCCUCGGACGGCGCGCGCGAGUCGACCGACGCCGUGCUCCCGGGCAGCGCGGUCGCGCGGCUGUUGGAGCUCGCGACGCUGGGCCCCGCCGACGACUUCGACGCGGCGAAGAAGCCAAGAGCGCUCAAGGCGCCGGCGACGCGGGCCGACGCGGAGAAGCGCGCGCGCGAGCUCGCGCGGGACACGGCCGUACGCGUCGCCGCGUUGGAAACGCUCGCGGCGCUCUGCGGCGGCGGCGGGUGCCGCGACACGGCGGCGCGGGCCUGCGUCGCCGAGCCGGCGAGCUUGGGGCGCGCCGUGGCCCUUUUAGGGGGCGGCCGCGGCGGCGCCGUCGCGCGCGCGGCCGCGACGUUCGUCGUCGCCGUCGCCGCGGCGCGCGUCGACGACUGCGGCAAGGCGCUCGUGGACGCGGGCGCGCUGGGGCCCCUGGCCUGGCUCCUGCGCGCGCCGCCGGACGCGGCGCGCGCGCGGCCGCGGCGCCGGCGGCGCCGCCUCGUGUUGGAGGCGCCCGACGG